AUGCCGUACUACACGCGCGAGGAUGAAGUCACCGACUUCGACGAGUACGAUCCGACUCCGUACGGUGGCGGAUACGACAUAUACCUGACCUACGGCCGCCCUCUCGACCCGUCCGAUGAGUCCUGCCACCCUAACUCAUCGCCGUCCGAUGAUUUCGAUUACGAUCGCCCCCAGUUCUCAUCCUCCUCCGAGCCCGCCGCCUACGCUGACGAGGCUCUCGAAGACGAGUACACUCACUACGCCCGACCCACGCACCGACCCGGACCAGCUAUCGGGUUCAAUCCGGGCGGGGGACAUCCAGAGGGAGAGUACGAAGGCAGGCCCCAGCCGGCCUAUGGGUUCCAGCCUGGCGGGGAGGAGAGGCCCGAAUCGGGUUAUGGUCGGAAGCCGGAGUAUGGACAAUCCGGUUCGGAAUACGGGUCUGGGUAUCAACGAAGGCCCGAAUCCGAUGAGCCCGGCUCCGAAUAUGGAUCUGGGUAUGGUCGGAAGCCGGUGUACGAGGCGCCCGAAUCGGAGUAUGGAUCUGGAUACGGUCGAAAGCCCGAGUAUAAGGCACCGGAACCAGAGUAUGGAUCUGGGUACGGGAGAAAGCCUGAGUACGAGGCACCGGAGUCCGAAUAUGGAUCUGGGUACGGUCGAAAGCCCGAGUAUAAGGCACCGGAACCCGAGUAUGGAUCUGGGUACAGGAGAAAACCCGAGUACGAGGCACCCGAGUCCGAAUAUGGAUCUGGGUACGGGAGAAAGCCCGAGUUUGAAGCACCGCCAGCCGAAUUCGGAUCUGGGUAUGAUCGGAAGCCGAGCUACGGUGAGGAAUCUGGUUAUGGCGAUGAGCCGCCGAGAAAGCCGAGCUAUGGUGAGGAAGGCGGUUAUGGAGAAGAGCCACCGAGAAGGCCAAGCUAUGGGCGGCCCAGUUAUGAGACGCCAGAAAGCGAGGAGAGGCCGAGCUAUGGGAGGACUGAGUUUGAGAGGCCGGGUUACGGCGAAGAGCCGCCGAGGAGGACAGGCUAUGGAGAUGAGCCGCCACCCCCGAGGCCAAGCUAUGGGAGGCCCGGCUCCGAGGGCCAGGAAAGUGGGGAGUAUGAGAAGCCCAGUUAUGGGAGGAGCGAGGAGCAGGAGUACCGCCGCCCUGGUGGUUAUGAGAGGCGCGGCGACGAUGAUUCUGAUUCCGAGCGUCCUAAGUACGGUGAAGAAGGCUAUGGUCGCAAGAAAUACGGAAAUGACGACUCAGAUGACGAUGAGGAGAAAAACCAGCGCCGCCACAAGCACCACCAUCGCAAGAGCUAUGACGAUGAGUGAUCAUAGUACUCGUCGCCUUAUAUACGGAGAUGCAUGCCGUACUUAAUUACCUACUAAAUAAAAGGGUUUAGGCAUGUUUUCCUCUGAGUGGUAUUGUGCUACAUGUUUGAGUGAGUGUAUUCUAAACAUUUAAAGUUCCAAACUGAGGCUAUCCGAAUUCAAUUGUGUGCUUGUGUGAGCAUCGUUGCAUCUAUGUAAACAUCUUAAAACCGGAUUGGAUUGUCAUAUGCCUUUUAUGUUGGAGUUGUUGAAUGAUGAUGACAUCCCCUUGUGUUUCAA